UUGGCGAGCACAGGAUCUGCACACACACACACACACACACAUAGAUAGACAUAUAUAUAUAUAUACACACACACACACACACACACACAUGCACAGAGAGCGAGAGAGAGAUAGAGAUAGAGAGAGAGAGCCUUGAUGAUUGCUGGCUGUACGACAGGAAUUUGGUCGUGUGUGUGUGUGUGUGUGUUUCAUCUGCCACAGCACAGAUCUGCACGAGAUCAAGCCUUCGUUCCUGUCAUAAGCGCGUGCAUUGGCGUUUCAACAUCUGCCAGAUCAGAUCCGCCGCCGUGCACAACUCCACAGGGGGAGGCUGAGGAGCUCGAACCGUCCUUCUUCUUCUUCUUAAUCAAGAGAAUUGAGGAAAGCCUCAAGAGAUGCCAAAAAGGAGCGGACUUUGCUUGCUGCUGCUGCUGCUGCUCGUGCUACUGCUCGGGCUGCUGGUCGACGCAUCGGCGCACGAGCAGGACGUCAACGAAUCGUACUCGCCGCGGAGAGCGCGCGCCUCCGCCAACAGCCCCGCGGAUGUGGUGCGCUGUUUGAAUAGUGCCCUCCAAGUGGGCUGUGGUGCCUUUGCUUGUCUGGAGAACUCCACGUGUGACACAGAUGGAAUGCAUGACAUCUGCAAGUCCUUUCUCUACAGUGCUGCUAAAUUUGACACUCAGGGCAAGGCUUUUGUGAAGGAGAGCCUGAAGUGCAUCGCCAAUGGCAUCACCUCCAAGGUCUUUAUUACAGUGCGUCGUUGUUCCACUUUCCAGAGGAUGAUCUCGGAGGUUCAGGAGGAGUGCUACACCAAGCUGGACAUCUGCACUGUGGCCAGGUCAAACCCAGAAGCCAUUGCAGAGGUAGCUCAACUGCCCAGCCACUUUCCCAACAAGUUUUAUGGGAAGCUGCUGCAGAGUUUAAUGGACUGUGACGAGGAAACAGUCGACCUAUUGAGGGUGAAUCUGAUGGCCCGGUUGGGACCUGAGAUUGCCAUGCUCUUCCAGCUACUGCAGAACAAGCCUUGCCCAUCCACUGCUGUGCCCACUGGGGCGGAGACUCGUGGAGGCUGGCACUGGCCCGCCAGUCCCCACCCACACAAAAACCAGCCUCAUCUACGCAACAGGGACGCGACUAAUCUCUUCAGCAAGAAACGCAACAUGGAUAACAGCUCUUAACCCCAACCAUGUUUCUUGGUCCAAAUCUAGAGGUUGUGCAAUUUUGCAAAAUGAAAAAACAAAACAAACAAACAAACAAAACAUAUUAGUGGCUCAUUUACCAUCAGAACGCAGGAAUAAUGUUAAGUCUCUCGAACAGCAAAAAAAAAAGAAAAGAAAUGCACCUAUAUGAAAAUAGCUUGAAUGUCAAAUGUUUAUGUUUAUCAACUUUAGAUUGGAUUUAUAUUGUCAUAGAAAUUCAAGGGACUAGUUUACCAGCUAAGCUUUUUUUUUUUCCUUUCAUAUUUUGAGACUGACCUAAGCACAGUUAAAGUCUCUUUUACAA